UUCACUCAUUUGGUCUUCUCACUGACAUAAUAGAAGAAGGGUGGACAGUGUUUAAUCCAGACACAUCAUUUUCAAAAGGUUUAUGUAAAAAAAAUAACAAAAGGCUGAGGAGACUUUAAAAUGUUACUAUUUUUGUUGUUGCCUUUUUGUGCUGUGCUGUGUGGUUAUAGCCAGUAGGCCUAUGUAAUCAGAAAUGUAAUUAUCUAUUGAUAUGAUUUGAAAUUAUUGUAGCUGUGAUAGCCUAUCUCAAUUGACUACAGUUAUGGAAAUUGUUUUUAAGAGGACAGCGCUGAGAUUAAGGUAAAACGGAAGAAGCCAACCAAGCCCUCCUUGUCUCUUUACCUUAACCCAAACCACACCCAUUGCGAGAGAAGCGAGGACUUCUUUCUCAACUUCGCGGUAGAGUUGUCAAGUGGACGGAAUAAAUCAAAGAAGAAAUCCGUGUACAAAAUCAUCCAAACUUAUUUCAAAAUUCUUCGUUAUCUUGGUGGAAACCGAGAAGCCCUUCAAUAUGUGGUGACAUUAACUUACACAGACUUACAAAAGACCAAAGAACAGGAAAUAAAGGCUCUGUUGGCUCUGUUGAGUACAUCCAACAGCACAGAAGACAAUGGACUGGAAAACCCUACAGGCCCUCCUGAGCGGGGUGAACAAGUACUCCACCGCCUUCGGCCGAAUAUGGCUGUCGGUGGUGUUUGUCUUCCGGGUGAUGGUGUACGUGGUGGCCGCCGAGAGGGUGUGGGGAGACGACCAGAAAGACUUUGACUGCAACAUCAAGCAGCCCGGCUGCCCCAACGUGUGCUACGACCACUUCUUCCCCAUCUCCCACAUCCGCCUGUGGGCCCUGCAGCUCAUCUUCGUCACCUGCCCCUCCUUCAUGGUGGUGAUGCACGUGGCCUACAGGGACCAGCGCGAGCAGAAGUACCGGGCCAAGUACGGCGAGAACGCCAAGCUGUACGGCAACACGGGCAAGAAGCACGGCGGGCUCUGGUGGACCUACCUGCUGAGCCUCUUCGUCAAGACGGGCAUCGAGAUCGGCUUCCUCUACCUCCUCCACCACAUCUACGACAGCUUCUACCUGCCGCGCGUGGUCAAGUGUGACAUCAAGCCCUGCCCCAACGUGGUGGACUGCUACAUCGGCAGGCCUACGGAGAAGAAGGUCUUCACCUACUUCAUGGUGGGCGCCUCGGCCCUCUGCAUCGUGCUCAGCGUGUGCGAGAUCAUCUACCUGAUCUCCAAGCGCGUGGCCCGAUGCGCCAACAAGGUGAAGACCAGGGAGACAGCCUACCACCAUCGUAACCACCGCUACCACGAGGACGACAGUCAACACACCUUGCCCGUCACAGAUCUGGACCACAACGCCGAGUACAACAGGCCAGAGAAACCGGAUUUCAGCAAACCGGAUUUCAGGCCUGACUUUAAGAACGCGCUUCGACCGCCACACAGGUUAUCAAAGGACAUCAGAGCAUCAGCUCCGAAUUUGUCCUUUGCCUGAAUGCCCAAAUGAACUGGGACUGGGGACUAAACUGGUAAAGUGGAACUGGACCUCGAGGCCGCUGACUGCUUUGGCUGGUCCCGGGACAAAGUCAUACGAAGUGACCCCUCACCUAAUACAUACAAUAUGAUGAAGACUCAGUUCAGGGGCCUCUCUCUUCCUGGGCCCAGGACAGCCGACCCCUUUGUGCAACCCCCCCACCCCGACAGCUUCCCUGCUGGAACUCCACAGUGUGUCUUGUGUUGUAGCUACACAAGGCGAGGAGAGAACUGCAACUGGAGAAUAGCCAGAUUAUUUUCUUGAACUCUUUAAAUGUCUUCAAACUGGUUUGGAGUACUUAAAUAUCCCAAUGCGGAAGCCCUUGUUCCACAUUGUCUUAUGAAGAUUUUUUUUCUCUCUUUAUGUCUUGCCUUUCACUUCUGUUCUUUAUUUAUUUUUUCCAGAAACCAUUUUUUUUGUCUACCGCACGCCAUCAUUAUCUGAGGUUGAAUACAAACAUAUAACAGCGCCAGUCUGCUUUCUAAGAAAGUCUAUCAGAGUGUUCCCAUAAGUAAAGAGGUGGUUAUGGGUUUGAAAAAAAAAGAAAACUCAGAGGAGGUAGUGAAUAAACAGAAAGGAAUUCAGGAGGACACACCUGGCUCAGCCAUCUUACCUGUGUCUCCACACCUAAGAGGGUGUACAAAAGUUUCUCAGAAAAGACGUAUUGACAACAUUUCAGAGAACUUCAUACCACCUCUUUUUGUUCAUGCUUUCAGACCGUUGUUACAAUGCUACAACAGUUGUUGAAUAGUUAUAGUACAAGCUGUGGAGAGAAGUGGUGACAAUUGAUUUACAGGUAUUCCAACGUGCAUCAAGGAAUCACUCUCUAUUCUGCAUCAAAAUAUAUUAAUAGGAUUCACACAAGCCUUUGUAUUCCUUGGUUUAAAUAAUUAAUGGAUAUUAUGGAUACUAACCAUCACGCUCUCCCAUCCUCUCCUGUGACUGAAGUGUGUACUGGCCACAUGAUCUCCCCAUCUGUGGGGCUUGUUGUCAGGCAGAAUGGGUUAAACAGAAAUACAGCAGGUGUACCAUAUUUUGUGGUGUACACAUAAUGACAAAAAUGGGACUUUCACUUAUGUUUUCCUUCACUUUUCCCCUUGCUACAGCUGUCGAUCCUACAGCUGUCUUUUGUACAGUCUAUUUAGAAACACUGCCUGUCUGUAUAAAUUAUGUGACUCUAUGUUUCGCAAUAAUGAAUGGUUGCACAAAUGUCUGAUGACAAAACUUACUAAAGGUAACAUGGACUUGGAAACCUGUGUGUUUCCUUAGUCCCAAAGGAUAUACACAUACUGUGCUUAUUGCCAAAUGUAUCUAGUGCACUGGACAUGUAAUUUUGAAGAACAGUACUUAAGAACACUCUAUAUGCU